GCCUGCCUAGUCUCUUGCAGGAUCAGUGUGCUUGCCCCUCAACCGGCCCGCCUGGCGUGUCAGGGUCACCGGGAGGAGAGGCUGGGCGGCUGCAAGGGAAGUGAGCUUAGACAGAGUGGCUCCUUGGCCAUGUUUAUGUAAAGGUCGGGUGUGACUCUUGUCACUAAAAUGGAAAAAAGAAACGUGAAGUUUUCAGUCUCCUCCCCCAGCUUCGCCCUGUUUUUCUCUGCCCCCCUUGCGGGUAUCUCUGACGCACACUGGGCCCCACUCCUGUGACUGUGGAAGGGCCUUGAACGGAAUUUGCUCAGUAGGCAGAUUCCUCAGAACAGGUUUUCCUCACCUUUGGGGCCUGGGCCCUUCUGUAGAGGUGUGUGUGUGUGUGUGUGCACACUCCGAUCAUGCACACCACUGUGUACUGCGCUGGCCUGGCUGUGAGGAUGUAUAUACAAGGAGGAUGAGCGGGCACUAUGGCCAGGCCCUCUGGCUUGGGGGGCGGGGAGGGGGCUGGCUGCUGUGUGAGGCCUGCACAACAGGUGCAUGACUGCGGCCUGGUGAAGGAGAAGGAGCCCUGGACUAGAACUGAGGAGUUCUGGCCGUUCUACCACUUCCUCACUGGCACCUUCCCUGAGUGAACCUCAGUUCUUCGUCUGUAAAUUGAGGCUCAUUACUUGCCCUACCUGUCUUCCAUCAGCACAAGGGAAACGGACCUGGAAAGUAGCUACGGUUUGGGGGCUGUGCCUGUGCCAGCCUAGCAGCCCUCUGCGAGCACUGAGAAUCCCCUGCUUGGGGCUUUGCUGAGAGCAAUAGCAGUAAACACUUAUUUAGCACUGACUGUGUACCAGGCACUGCUCUCAGUACUUUUACAUAUAAUCACCCACACCAGAAGUAGGUGCUCUAAUUACCUUUCUUUUUCAGGCAAGGCAACUGAAGCCCAAAGAAGUUAAGUAAUUUGCCCAAAGUCACUUUUAAUUAGUAAGAGAUAAAGCUGUAUUUGAACCCAGGCAGUCAGGUUCCAGAUCUAUGCUUUUAACUGCUGUACUCUGCUGCCCUUCUGGAGCAUUCAGUGGAUCUCUCUUUGCGCUCCACGCACUCAUACACACUUCUCCCCCAGUUCUGGGGCACUUAGCACCUGCAUCAGUCCAUUUCAGAAGGCCUGAAUGCUGCGGCAGUGCUCAGGGAGUCCCGGCCUCAGGCAUGAGAACCUAAAUCUCUGCUGCUGUAUAAUGUGGGUGCUGGCCUGAGGGGCACAAAAUGUUGAUGAGUCAGAGGAAGGACAGAUUGUCCUUGUUCUGUGAGUCAGGGAGGGCCAAGAAGGAGGUGGCAUUUGAGUUAGAUCUUAACAUUUUUGGAGGGAUUUUGAGAAGAGCUUGGGGAAAGGGCAUUUCUGACAGGAAACUCAGCAUUGACAAAGGCAUGAAGGUGUGGGACAUGUGCAGGUUGGCGAACGCACUGGGUGUUUGAAGAAAGAAUAACAUAAGGCGAGAUUACGAAGGAAGAUUGUAGAACCCUUGAGUGCUGGUGGAGGAAUUUGAACUUUAUUCUGAAGGCAGUGGGACCAGUGAAAGUUUUUGAGCCCAGGAAUGAUAGUAACUGAGCUUCGUAAGGUUAGGGACAUUAACUGUCAGUGGGAGAGUUAAGGCUGGGCAGAAGGUAGGCCUUGAGGGAGGGGGAUAGCUAGGAGGCCAUGGCCUUGGACCAUGUGAGUGUUAAUGAGGACCUGCGCAGUUUGCGGGCCAGAGGUGGGUUGAAGGGAAAGCUUCUAGAGCCAUUCCCAAGCUCUGCUGCAGUUUCGGCCAGACUUGGUGACUGCUGGAUGUGGGAGCGAGGGAAAGGGUGGAGUCAGACAUGACACAUUUAGCACUUAGCACGUGAGACCUUGUGUGGUGAUUUAUGUAACCAGCUGGCUGGCCAUAGGCCCCUUCAGGGCAAGAUCCAGCAGUAUGGCAGAGGGAAAGAUUUAGCAUCUGGGGUCGGCUGGGCCUAUAUUCAAAUCUUCACUCUGCUACUUACAAGCUGUGUGACUUGAGCAAGGUACAUCCCUCUCCGAGCCUCAGUUUCCUUGUCUGUAAAAUUGGGAUAAUCUAAGUAUGCAAAAAGUUCAUGGAGAGAUUUGGGGGUUUUUUUAGUCCAUUUUUUUUUUUUUGGCAGUUGGCCGGUAUGGGGAUCUGAACCCUUGCCCUUGCAGUAAUAACACUGCACUCUAACCAGCUGAGCUAACCAGCCAGACCUAUAUGUGUAUAUUUUUUGAUGGCUGGCUGGAACGGGGAUUUGAACCCUUGAACUUGGUGUUAUCAGCACCGUGCUCUAACCAAGUGAGUUAACCAGCCAGCCCUUGUAUUAUCUUUUAAUUCCAUUUUUCCACAGACUUUUUGGAGUAUCUGAUACCUGCUGUGGGUGGCUGUUUUGAGGACAUCAUUAAAUGAGGCAAUGCAUGGAAGCAUAUCAGGCAAAUUCUGAAUGCCCCAGAAGUGGUCAAGUUAUAUUCAUCAUCCCCAGCUCCUGGCCAACUCAGUCUGGCACUGAGCAUGGCUUCCUUCCUGAGGGUGGACGAACUCCAGGCAGACUUUGAGGGCAGGUUCAUCCAUUUAACAACAACAAAAAAAAAUUUUAACCUCCUGUUUUGUACUAGGCACUGUUCUAAGAUCUGGAGAUACUGCAAUGAACCAAGCAGACAAAAAUCCCUACCCUCCCCCUCCAAGCUUACAUUCUAGAGAUAAAUGAGCAAUAUGUUUUACUAAGUGCCAAAGAGAAAAAUAAACUAGGGGGAUAGAAGUUUUGGGAGGUGUGGGGUGGCCAAGGAAGGCCUCCAGGGAAGUGACUUUUAAGUCAAGGCUUGAGGUGGGGCCGUGAGGCACGAAGAUAUCUGGGGGAAAGAACAUUCCAGGAGGAGGGAACAGCAAAAGAUAGAAUGUAUCUGGUGACCGUGCUCAGAUCUCCACCUCAGUGGCACCUCUGAGGUCACACAGGCAGUCAAGAGCAGAGAAAUGCUCUGAGGAUUGGGCCAAAGGGACUUGAGAGUGAUCUGACAGGCUUCCCUGAACUUAUGGGAUUGAACUGUGCUGCUGUAUUGUUUGGAGGUGGACUGGGAAUAUGCAAAUUACCUUGUUGCUGUACUUCGCUGGGCCACCAGAACCAGACUUGGCAAUAAUCCGUGUGACCUCCUGGGUCUGAUUGGACGUAGCUAAACAACCUGACAGAGGCUCCUGGGAGGCGUCAGGAUCUGCAAAACAGCCCAGAAGCACAAAGCCCGGCAGAAGGGACUUACUGAGCCACCCCGUGCUGUACUCCAUGUUGACUGUGCUCUCAGGCUGGCGCCAUGCCCCCCCCUGCAGAGGUGACAGACCCAUCCCAUGCCCCUGCCGUCCUGCGCCAGCUCAAUGAGCAGCGGCUUCGUGGACUCUUCUGUGACGUCACCCUCAUAGCCGGAGACACCAAGUUCCCUGCUCACCGCAGUGUCCUGGCUGCUUCUAGUCCCUUCUUCAGAGAGGCCCUGCUUGCUUCAGCCCCACUGCCCCUCCCACCAGUUACUGGGGGCUCGACUCCCAACCCUGCUGCCACCACAGCUGCCUCUUCCUCCUCUUCCUCCUCCUCCUCCUCCUCCUCUUCAUCCUCCUCCUCCUCCUCUUCCUCAUCCUCUUCUUCCUCUUCCUCCUCCUCUCCCCCUCCAGCCUCUCCCUCUGCUUCAUCCCCGCCCCGGGUCCUGGAGCUGCCAGGGGUCCCAGCAGCUGCCUUCUCUGAUGUCCUCAACUUCAUCUAUAGUGCCCGGCUUGCACUACCUGGCGGCGGAGGGGACGGGGCAGCUGUGGCAGAGAUUGGAGCUCUGGGGCGGCGUCUGGGCAUCUCCCGCCUGCAAGGCCUGGGGGAGGGAGGCGAUGCCUGGGUACCUCCUGCCCCAGUCCCCAUGGCCACCUCACAGCCUGAAGAGGACAGCUUUGGGCCUGGGCCUAGGCCAGCUGGGGAGUGGGAGGGUGACAGGGCCAAUGCCCCAGCCCCUGAUUCGCAGCCCCCUGUGCCCCGGCGGCCCCUCCCCUGCCCCCGAUGUGGAAAAAGCUUCAUCCAUCCCAAGCGGCUGCAGACCCAUGAGGCCCAGUGCCAACGAGGGGGCAGUACUCGGGGGUCUGCAGGGCUGGGAGCUGGGGGCUCUGGCCCUGGUGGUCCUGCGGGAGUGGACGCCUCAGCCGUGCCCCCACCAGUGGGCUUCCGAGGUGGCCCUGAGCACGUGGUGAAGGUGGUGGGCGGCCACGUUCUGUAUGUGUGCGCGGCCUGCGAGCGCUCCUACGUGACGCUGUCCAGCCUGAAGCGGCACAGCAAUGUACACUCGUGGCGGAGGAAGUACCCCUGCCGCUACUGCGAGAAGGUGUUCGCCCUGGCUGAGUACCGCACCAAGCAUGAGGUGUGGCACACCGGGGAGCGCAGGUAUCAGUGCAUCUUCUGCUGGGAGACCUUUGUCACUUACUAUAACCUGAAGACCCACCAGCGAGCCUUCCAUGGCAUUAGCCCGGGCCUACUAGCCAGUGAGAAGACACCCAACGGAGGCUACAAGCCCAAGCUCAACACCCUUAAGCUGUACCGCCUGCUCCCCAUGCGGGCAGCCAAGCGGCCCUACAAGACCUACAGCCAGGGAGCCCCCGAAGCCCCCCUUUCUCCAAACCUCAACACACCGGCCCCUGCGGCAAUGCCAGCCAGCCCACCACCUGGACCCCCACCUGCCCCAGAGCCUGGACCCCCACCCUCUGUCAUCACUUUUGCUCACCCAGCUCCCUCUGUCAUUGUCCAUGGGGGCAGUAGCAGUGGUGGAGCAGGGAGUGGGGCGGCCAACACAGGAGGGUCCCAGGCUGCCUCGGUCAUCACUUACACUGCUCCCCCAAGGCCCCCCAAGAAACGAGAGUACCCACCUCCUCCCCCUGAGCCUGUAGCCACACCCACCAGCCCAGCCACAGCUGUCAGCCCAGCCACGGCCGCAGGGCCGGCCACGGCCAUGGAGGAGGCCAAGGGCCGAAAUCCACGGGCCGGGAGGACUCUGACUUACACCGCCAAGCCAGUGGGUGGGAUUGGUGGCAGUGGGGGUACCCCCGCAGGGCCUGGCCGGGGCCCCUCUCAGCUACAGGCUCCACCUCCACUGUGUCAGAUCACUGUGCGAAUCGGGGAGGAGGCCAUUGUCAAGCGCCGCAUCUCAGAAACUGACCUGCAUCCUGGGGAGUUGAGCGGAGAGGAGGUGGAGGAGAGUGAGGAGGAGGAUGAAGAGGAGGAAGACGAGGAAGAGGAAGAGGAGGACGAGGAGGAAUCAAAGGCUGGUGGGGAGGACCAGCUCUGGAGGCCGUACUACUCAUACAAGCCUAAACGCAAGUCUGGAGCUGCUGGUGGUGCUAGCAGUGGGAGCAGUGGGAUGCCUCGGGGUCGCCGGCCACCACGCUGGAGGCAGAAGCUGGAACGGAGGAGCUGGGAGGAGACCCCAGCGGCCGAGGGCCCAGCAGGGCGUGCCCGCGGUGAGCGGAGGCACCGCUGCGGGGACUGUGCCCAGACCUUUGCCACCCUGAGGAAGCUGCACAAGCACCAGGAGGCCCACAGUGGGGGCUCCCACAGCUCCCGGGCUGGAAGGAGGCCUUCCACCCGCUUCACCUGCCCCAACUGCGCCAAGGUGUGCAAGACAGCAGCUGCCCUGAGCCGCCAUGGGCAGAGGCACACUGCUGAGCGGCCUGGGGGCACCCCCACACCUGUCAUUGCCUAUUCCAAAGGCAGCACUGGCACCAGGCCCGGGGAGGUCAAAGAAGAGGCCCCCCAAGAGAUGCAAGUCUCCUCAUCCAGUGGGGAGGCAGGCGGCGGGAGUGCUGCUGCUGAGGAAGCUUCUGAGACCGCCUCACUCCAGGACCCUGUCAUCUCAGGGGGUGAGGAGCCCCAGGCGGUGGCAGGGGGGUGCAGCUACGCGUACCCGCCUAUGCAGGAGUUCCCACUAGCCCUGAUUGGGGGCAGCCGGGAACCUGGUGGUAGCAGGGGAAAACCUGGGGGUGAGGGGCCAGUGGGUGCUGGGGAGGGGGACCGGAUGGAGGGGAUGGGGGCUGCCAAAGUCACCUUUUACCCUGAGCCCUACCCGCUUGUCUACGGCCCCCAGCUCCUUGCCGCCUAUCCUUACAACUUCAGCAACUUGGCCGCUCUCCCAGUUGCACUCAACAUGGUCCUACCUGAUGAGAAGGGUGGGGGGGCCCUUCCCUUCCUACCAGGGGUCUUUGGCUACACAGUGAAUCCUCAAGCAGCACCCCCUACCCCCCCGACUCCACCCCCCCCAACUCUUCCUCCACCAGUUCCCCCUAAGGGAGAAGGGGAAAGGGCAGGGGUUGAGAGAACCCAGAAGGGAGAUGUGGGGUGAGCUCUGAGGCCAGAUGCCCCUUUCACCAGAUGCUACCCUCCCUGAACCCCUACCACUACCAGCUCCCUGGCCUCCCUGCCCCUUGGGAGCCCCUCCACACUCUUGUGCAGGGACUUGGGGGGGCCCUGGAGCUCAGGGGUCAGGCUGCUUUGUGUGAGAUUGUAGUUUUCCCAUCUCCUGGGAAGGGAUCUUUGGUGGUUCCCCUCUCAAUCUUCCUCUGGGGAAUGGCCUCCAUGAGGGGCAGGGCCAACUCCCAUCCCGUCUCCAGCCCUUGGGGCAACUGAGCAAUAUACUUAUCUGAAUCUCUACUCAUGGCCCCCACCAGCUCUGAAUGUCUAACCUGCUCCCCUGAUUCAUAAACCUAGGGGGAAACCAUCUCUCUCACCUAAUAAUCCCACCUCGUUCUGAAACUUUCUCUAAGCCCUUCCCCAGAUGCUUCCUAGCACAUUCCAUUCUUUGUGGCCCAGGGCCUGGACCAGACCAUUGUGAUCCCUGACCCCACCGACCUGGGAGCAUGGCUUUGGAUUCCGUUCUUCCCAAGGGUGGGUUUCUAUGUCCCUGUUUCCUUCAUGUUAAGAUGCCAUGCCUUCCUUGGCUUCCAUGCCUUUGGAUCUUCCAUAUUCCUCCCCAUACUCCUAGACUUUGGAGGUGGCCUCUCCCAAUCCAGGUCAGGGAGGCGCUGCGGGGAGGGCUACCCCUCCGUUCCAUGGCUGAGCAUUUUCCCAGCCCAGGGCAGGGAAAUCUUGGUCCUAUCUUGACCCCCCAAAUCCAGUGAGCCCUAGAUUCUUCCAAGGCAAAAGAGGUGAUUAGAUCACACCUCUUCCUGCCUCUACACAUGGCCUCUUCUGGACUAAACCAGAUUUGGGGGCAAGGUGGGAAGAGCUCCAAGGAUGGAAAAGGGAACCUACUUUCUCCCUGUUUUUUGCCUGAUGGUUUCUCCCAAACUAGACCAAAUAGCCAGAAAAAUGAUGUGGUUUGGAUGGGUGGAUAAGCCCAAGAUUUGCACAUGACCUUCCAUCCUUACCUUUACCCCCAUCUUCCCCAGUGUCGCUUCCCUCACUGAUCACUCCAGAUGGUUUUGGGGGAACCAUCUUACUUUCCUGGUGGGCUUUGGGGUAUCCCCACCAACUUUCCCUCCAAAAUAGCACCUUACACCCCAUCUUUGACUCAGUUCCCCACACCCAAAGAUCCCAGCCUAGGAUGGGGUGCAGGGACCUUAAAUAGUCCCUAAUCCCUAAUUUGCACUAGUUAACCCUGGUCAGGGGUCCCUAUGUUUCCUUCCAGUGGGGGAGAUGAAGAAAUGUUUGCUCCUAAUUCUCUUUUAAAACUGGGCCUCCCUGCUCUGUGAUUGGAUGAACAUUUCCCAUCCCACCCACCUCCUCCUCAAGGGAAAAAAAAAAAAAAAACCAGCUCACAAGGGGAGAGCCAGUUUGGGGGAGCAAAUCUGACGAACGGGAAUUAGAGGAGUGAAGUUUUAAAAGGGGAAAUGUUGCUGUCAUCAAAAUGGCAGCCUUUUCCCCAGCUACUGUUUUUUGGGGCCAAGAUGGCUGCCCUCUCGGCAAUGGCAGAGAGGGCAAGAUCACGGCUUUUGGAGGGAGGUGAGUUUGGGGGAGGGCCAGGAGCAUCCUCUUCCCCCACGUUACCCUCAACGUAUAGGAAGUGGGAGGUUUUCGACAGGCUCCCCGAAUGUUAACCACGGAGGAGUCACUCCUUCAUUCCUCCUCUGUCUCUUUGCACUUUUCUUGGUCUUGGCCACAACCCGAGUGAAGAAUUUCCUACUGAAUGUACCAAGUUCCAAUUUUUAAAGGGGGAAAAAGUUUCAAACAGGGAAAAAACAAAAAAAAAAAUCACUAAAAAUUCCCACAAAUCUUGUUUCUGGCACUUUAGAAAAACUGCGAAAAAAUACAUAAUAAAGAAUACAUAUAUAUAUCUACACACAAAUUAUAUAUAUCUAUGUAUACAGCGGAACCACAAGAGAGACUGAGGAAGGCCUGGAGGCAGGGGACAGGUGUGGUGACAGUCCCCUAUAUCCUUAACCUGUAUUCCUCUGAGGAGAAUGGAAGGGGCUGCGAUGGACCUGGGAAUUUGAUUUUCAGAAUAGGUCAAAAUUCCAAAAUCAUGGACAUUUUGGGAGAGUUGAAAUUGUAGGCAUUUAUUUUUUUGAAAAUAUGAUUAAGGAAAAUAGCUUCCAGAAUUUGGUGGCUCUGGGCAACAAAUGAGAUUGUGGCAAAAUGGAGAUUAAAAUAUAUGUAUUUGAGCUGGGGAUUUUGAAUACUGUGAGUUUCAGAUGCUGGAAAUUUGGGAUUUUGCAAUUUCGUCUUUUGAAAAUGGUCAAGUCUUGUCAGUUUGUGCCCUUUUCCCGUGUUCCCUGGGAGGAAGGGUGAUGGCAGAGUGGGAGGGCCACUGGUUCUGUGCCACAGCACGCAGGAUUUAGAAUUCUACAGACUAGCUCUACACGUAGUGAGGACCCAGAUUUAAAGAUACUGGCCGAUAUUUAUCUCCGCAUUUGUGUGUGUGUCCAACUCUCUAGGCCAAUAAACCAACAAGACAACUGUGCUCCACA